UAGUGGCCGGGUCACUGCUCAAUCUGACUGAUUUAUACAAAGAAAAUUAAUCAAACUUUAAUUUUAUUAAAAUUGUCCUAUUUUUUUUCUUUUCUUUUCUUUUUAAAAAUAUGUUUUGAAUUGAACUUGCAGCUCAGAUGCUCUGUGGACGGAGAAGAUGAUGAGAAUCCACACUCUGUGUCUUUUGCUUUUGUGUGUCAGUGUUUUACCAACAUGUUUGUGUGCCCAUGGCAAAUAUGCCCAGAAGCUCCUGAACGAUUUAUUCACCAACUACACAAGUGCACUGAGGCCCGCGGAGGACACCAACACCAUCCUGAACGUAACGCUGCAGGUUACGCUCUCACAAAUUAUCGACAUGGAUGAGCGAAACCAAAUUUUGACCGCAUAUUUAUGGAUACGGCAAGUGUGGGUUGAUGCACACCUCACAUGGGACAAAGACGAUUAUGAUGGACUCGAUACCAUCCGUAUACCUAGUAGUUAUGUAUGGAGACCUGAUAUAGUCCUAUAUAACAAUGCAGAUGAUCGUUUCACUGGCCCCAUGGACACCAAUGUGGUAAUUCAACACGAUGGCCAGAUCAUGUGGGAUUCUCCCGCGAUCACCAAGAGCUCGUGCAAAGUGGACGUGUCUUUCUUCCCCUUUGACUCUCAGCAGUGCAGGUUCACCUAUGGCUCCUGGACCUACAAUGGAAACCAGCUGGAUAUCCUGAACGCAAUGGACAGCGCUGACCUCUCCGACCUGGUGGAAAAUGUAGAGUGGGAGGUGUUGGGUAUGCCGGCUAAGAAGAAUGUGAUUGUGUACGGUUGCUGCGCUGACCCUUACCCGGAUGUGACCUACAUACUAAUACUGAAGAGAAAAGCUUCCUUUUAUGUCUUCAACUUGCUCAUACCAUGCGUGAUGAUCUCUUUUCUGGCUCCACUGGGCUUCUACCUGCCCGCUGACUCUGGAGAGAAGGUGUCUUUGGGAGUCACCGUCAUGUUGGCCCUCACGGUCUUUCAGCUGUUGGUGGCAGAGAUCAUGCCGCCUUCUGAGAAUGUACCUUUGAUCGGAAAGUACUACAUUGCUACGAUGACUAUGAUCACCGCCUCUACUGCCCUGACAAUCUUCAUCAUGAACAUACACCACUGUGGUCCAGAUGCCAAGCCUGUUCCCAAGUGGGCCAAGACUGUCAUUCUGCAGUACAUGGCCAGGAUGUGCUUCGUUUAUGAAGUUGGAGAAAACUGCAUGUCACCGCAGCCAGAAAAACAGAAGGCUUCACCCUUGAAGAACACCAAUGUCACCAUGAAUGGACAGGCAGGACCAGGCAGAGAGGACUGUGUCUUCAAAAUAGACAGAGGACAAGAGACGGAGCCCGCGGAGGAGAGGGAGGACAUGGAGCAGAUGAUCAGUCCGAUAGGGUCAAUGGGGAAAAAUCCCACCGACCACUACGGCACUUGGAAAAAUGGCAUUUUCAUGAGCAUGGACUGCGGCGAUUCGGCAGGUCAGAGGAGGUGCGGGAAGGGAGGCGUGAGUGACGGAGAGUUGAAAGAAAGAGAGGCAUCGUGCAACACUCAAAGCAAUGAAAGACUGCUGCUGCGCAACGUUGAGUACAUUGCCAACUGCUACAGGGAUCAGAGGGCCACGCAGAAGAGAACCGGGGAGUGGAAAAAGGUCGCCAAAGUUUUAGAUCGCUUCUUUAUGUGGAUAUUUUUCAUCAUGGUGUUUUUCAUGAGCCUUCUUAUCAUGGGUAAAGCAAUUUAACGCUAGAGCUGUUGAGAGGUGAGUCUUUAAAGAUAACCACAAAUGCAAUUGAUGCUUAAUUUAAGUUAUUUCAAAUGCUUUUAUUUAUUCAAUACUUAAUUUGUGUAAAGCCAUCUGGGCUAGGUUUCGCUACUGAUUUCCUGAAUCAAUUUAAUUCAGAUUCACAAGGUACAGAUUUGAUUCAAUUGGAAAUAAAUUAAUUUAGAGAUGUUUCAGUUUCCGUACCAAUUUUGUUUGGUUUUGUAAGAAAUUGUACAAAAUUGUGAUCUCUCUAAUUUGGUGUAUCAUUAAAAACGAUACAUUUUUACAUUGAAAAUGUACCCAAAAGUAGAUUAAUACAGGUUUUUUUCUGGAACAUACAAUGUAAAGUUGUUAUUUAACCUGGGAUUCAGGUACUUGCCUGGAUUUUAAUACAAUGCAUUGCCUCUCCAAGGGAAAAAGUAAGGGCAGCCCUUUUCUAGAGGACAUGUCCCCAACUUCACAACUGCAGUCCUGAGUAGAUUAAGUCUUCAAUAACUGUCUUGUUUGAGUUUAGUUGAAUUCUUGUCAUAAGGCUCAGCCAUGAAACUCUGUAUUAAUUGAAUACUUUUUGUAUAAUUCUGAGCUUUUAUUUUGAAUAUUCUCAACAGGUUGUGAGUGUGGGUGUUAAUGAUUUGAACAUGUAUAUUUUGAGGUGGAAAAUGCUGUGCAAUUACUCUGUCAUGACAAUAAUCAGUGAAAGAAGCACAGCUUUAGAGAAGAGUCAUUGUUGAGAAAUACUGUACAACCAGGGAACAGCUGUAUGUGUGGUCUCAGUGUGACUGACAUGGAUUAUCUCUUAAAUCCCCUGGAUUACAAGCAUUUGCGUAUCUCUCCCUCUCUCUCUCUCUCUCUCUCUCUCUCUGUGUUAUCCUUUAUGCUGCAAAAUGGACUUUUUAACAAUAAUGCUUAAAUAAAUCAGCAAGACUGUAUUUUCAAUCGCUUUUCAGACUGUUUGGUAAACGUAUUAUCUUAUAUAAUACUAUUACUAUCACAUUAGGACAACUGAAUCAGACCAAUGGACCUGAAAAGACGAUCUGUGGAAAAUCCUUAUGUUGAGUAACAACAUGGCGAGAAAGUUGUGUGAAUAAAAUCUCAUUUUUGUUUUGUGCCACAUCCUGGUUCUUAAAGCAUGGAAUGAUUGCAUUGAUGAUUCGAGAUUCAAGAUUCGAGCAAUAACUCACCAGAAAGUGCGCUGUGCUACUGAAUAUUAGCGCUGCAUGAAUGCAAGAAUUUCUUGGGUUUGUGGAUCCAAUCCGCAUCUGAACAAAAAUCUCAAAUCAGCAUGUUUUUGGACUGUGGGAGGAAACCAGAGAACCUGGAGAAAACACAAACAUGCAAACAGACGAACGCUGUGUCUUCUUGCUGAAAAGGCAAGAGUGCUAGCCACUACACCAACAGUGUGGCCUGAAGGGUCAAAUCAAUUAACUAAUUCACUCAAGGGUCCAUUACGUCCGUUUCUCUUGGGGGAGAUGAUUAGUUGUAAUGUCCAAAUGUCCUCAAGGCCUUUGUGUGAAUAUAAACAACGUCCUUGUUCCCAAAGGCCU